UUUCUUUUUUUUUAAAUCGGGUUUCAUGUAAACAACUAGAGUAUGUAACGUACAUGCUAGUUGGUAGAUGGUGUAUAAUGUGCGCUACACCACUUGUAUGAAAGUGAAGGUACUUGACUACAUACAUUCACUAGAGAUUACCUCGGGACCAGCCGGUUAAAAGGAAUUGCAAAAACGGAUAAGAAGAAGGAAGUACGUUUUGAGAAAAUGUCUAAAAUCAUCUGUUCUCCAGAUCUCACUUCCUCCACAGUUGGAUAGAUUUUGUGUGCAGGAAAAAAAAAAAAAAGUUCAAAGAGGAAGGACUUGUGAAUGAAAACAGACAGCAUACAGACAUAAUUGUGAGUAAAAUGAAGAAAAACAGGCAGCAAGGAUGGCUUUAGACAUCGUUUAGAAUGACUAGAGUAGCAAGUAUGCAGAACAGGAUCAACCAGCAUGGGUACAAAGUGUCUCGGAGAAGAAUUUAGCAGACCCCUAAUGCUCACUGAACGUUUAGGAGGAAACGUCCACCACAACUGUUACAGAAACUGUCCGAUUUGAUGCCCAGACGCUGUCAAGAAGUUCUGCGAAACACUACAACACUGUAGAAUAGAAACCCUCGUAGAAUUUGUAAUGGUUAUAAUGGGAAUUGUAUUGGAUUUAAUGAAAACUGUAAUGGUCCCUGUGGGUCUCUCUCUACUGGUAAUCUGUUGCGUUCUAUUGGUGGCAUGUUAUGUCUCGUUGAUGCCAUUUAGGACCAGUAAUGGUUUUAAUGGUUAGCUGAUGCUUUGUAAUGGUAUUUGUAGUAGAAACCAGUAGGAUUUCUGUGAUGGUUUCUGUUGGUUUUUUUUUUUUUUUUUUUCAGCAGAGUGUAAACAUCUUUAUUGAAGACACUGUUGCUUGUCCCAAUACUUUUGAGCUUGUGAUAUCUUUCUUUCUACUAAUAAUUUGUUGGGUUGAAGAAAGCUGCUUCAGCUCAGCCUGUAGGGUUGCUGCAGGAGUUUCUUCCAAGUGUUAGAGAGUGAGGGUGUGUCAUUAAGGGUGUGUGGUGUGUGGUGUGUGGAAUGAAACACAGCCCAGCAGUGAAAGUGUUCAGGGCUGUGUCUUUAAGAUCACGGACAGAGAGAACCUCUGAAGGUCUGAAGACCAGGACUCUGUAUCUGCUCAGCAGCGGGCACGAGUGGAGAGGGAGAGAACAACAAAUAAGAGGUCUGUGUGUUUAAGAGAAAGAUGGCGGUUCAGAUCACGAGCCUGGUGGAGGAUUACUCCAGAUACCUGAAGGCGUUCGAGCUGUUUCUGGAGCGCUCGUCUGAACACCAGAGUAUGAGAGACUUCAUCCAUCGCACACUUCCAGACGUCCUGACCACUGUUGGAGCAGGAAAAUCCACACUGAAUGUGAUGGGAGUGGGAAGUGGAUCAGGCGAGAUCGAUCUGGAGAUCCUCUCACAGCUGCACACUAAACAUCCUGAGGCCAGAGUGGAGAACGAGGUGGUGGAACCCAGCGGGGACAUGCUGUAUAAAUAUAAAGUUUUAGUAUCGAAGACGCCGGGCCUCGAUCACAUCACCUUCAGGUUUAAUAAGAUGACAGCAUCUGAGUUUGAGAGCGAGUGGAAGCAGAGAAACACUGACAGGAAGUUGGACUUCAUCCACAUGAUUCAGAUGCUGUACUACGUGAACGAUCCGGAGGCGAUGGUUUCCUUCUUCCGAAGCUUACUGCACAAAGACGGAAAACUCCUCAUCAUCCUGGUCUCAGGACAGAGUGGGUGGGGCAGGUUGUGGAGAACCUACCGAGCUCAGCUGUGCAAGAGCGACAUCAGUCAGUGCGUCACGACGGGAGACAUCAGGAACUUCAUGGAUGCUAAAGGAAUCCCCUAUCAGAGCCACACUCUCCCAUCUCAGAUGGACAUCACCGAGUGUUUCACAGCUGGAGAUGAGAAAGGAGAGCUGUUGCUGGACUUCCUGACCGAGGUCCUGGAGUUCAGCAAGAGCGCUUCUCCAGAGCUGAAGGCCGGAGUGCUGGAGCUCCUCAAACACCCCGAGUGCAGCCGAGAGGUGGACGGCAGGGUUAUAUUCAACAACAACCUGGAGGCCUUAGUGCUCACCCCGUAGUGCCGAAACAUAAAGAUUACACUAAGACCAGACUUCUGUUCGUGAGUUAAUGUUUUAGAUUUGAACUUUGGCGACUUAAACAAAUCUGUCACUAGCUGUCUGUCGUCAUUGUUUAUACAGUAAUUAUAUUCGAUUUAGAGCUGCAAAUAUAUAAGUAAAUAUUUUUUAAAAAGCAAUUAGUCUUAAAGCAAAUAUGUUAAUUAACUGACUGGACUGUGAAUUAUGCUUUAUUAAUGAGAAGGACUGAGACUGUAUUCGGCAUAGUGUCAAAUAUUCAAUAAAAUAAUGAGGGGGGGGGGAGUGUGCAAUCAAUUUUAAA